AUGCUCAAAUCUAUGGUGUGCGCUGCCCUGAUGAUCAAUCUUCCAGGGGAUCAAACAGACAUUCUGCUGCACAACGGAAGUCCAUUUGUGCAGAUAGGUCUUCCAGAAAUAGGAUGCAAAGCAACAGCCAGGAUCGUCCGAGUGUCGUUCACACAGGUUGUACUGCGUAUAUUCGAAGUUGAUGGGAAAAGAUGUAGUUUGGAGUACCGUGCAGUGUUCAGGCCGGCUGAGUUCGACCCUGAAGAGUACCUGUGCAACAGAUUCGCUGUUGGUAGUGUUGUAAGCUGUGUUGUUAUUUCGUAUGGCGACUGCGGUGUGUUUGUGAGCAUGUAA